AUGGAUUAUGCCAAUUUUAUUAAAUAUUUGGAUAUUGAGGCAAGAGAAAAUGAAAAUGAGCAAUAUCGAGAAUUUGCUCUUGGGCCAAAUGGAUUUUUGACUAUUUUAGAUGAAGCUCGUGACGUUUUAGAUAUUUUGUAUGAAAAUUAUGACACGCUUAAUAGAGUUGAAGGCCCACGCGAAAGAAAUCGCGCAACUCUAAAUGAAACAAUUCUCCAAAUGCCGAAUACCAUUAGACUCCCAGAAAUUCGUUUACCAUCUUUUUCGGGAAAAUUAGAGGAGUAUCGGCCAUUUAUGGAGGAAUUUAAAUGUGCUGUAGAUGAACAAGCAAUUUCAGAUAAAAGAAAAUUACAAUAUCUUUUUGGAGCAUUAAAUGGAGAGCCUAAAGAAAUGGCCAGACAAUAUCCCCUAGAGGGACAAAAUUAUAAAAUAGUUUUAGAACUUUUGGAAAAAAAUUUUGGGGAUAAAUCAAAUAUAAAAAGUGCUUUGCACGCAAAUUUACGAAGAAUCCCUAGGGCGUCAAAGUACGUACCCGAAAUUCGACAAACAUUGAGAAAAGUAGAAGCUAUAAUUAAUCAAUUAAAUAAUUUGGGGGAAUAUACAAAUAACGAGCAAUUAAUUUUGGAAAUUGAAUCAAAAUUGCCGAAAUGGCUUUUAACAGAAAUUUAUAAGAAAAAAAGAAAUAAUAUUGAGUGGUCUGUCAAAAAAUGCUAG